GUUGUGGGUGGUGGCUAGUCGGCGACCCAUCCGUCCGUCCAUCCUGUCCGUCCACACGUUCAUACUUACGUCCGUGAAACGUGCUUCCGCGUCAGUCCGCGUCGCUUCGCCAGCGUCGACAAUCUUCAUCGAUCGUGAUCGAGACCGCGACGUGAAUUUUGGCGCCGAAAAUUGGACGUAGGCAACUGCCUCCGACGCAUGUGUCGUCGAGUGAUCUCCCGUUCUCUGUGAAUUAAACAUUGACGAUUUUGGAAAAAUCCGAAGAUCGAGAGCAUUUUAAUAAAUACCUGUAUAGAAAUCGGGUGUAUUUUCUUAUCCGAGUAUCAAAAUGUCGAUUAUUUGGAUACCGGAAAUUACAUCUGCGGAGCUGGUCGCUUUACAGAAACACGAAGAUUUUUAUAAUCGAAAUUUUAUAUCAGACAUUUUUUAUGAUUUUUAAAAAACAGAGCUUUAAUUUUAAUAUAUAUAUAUAUUAUGAUAGCAAUGAUCUUAGUGUAGCUACUUUCUAAGGAAAAAUUAGUUUUCGUGGAUUUGGUCAUCGAACGUUGAACUUUGAACGAGCGAGGGAAAGAUAGAGAAAGAGAGAGAGACACGUGUUCCUGGUGUGAUUUUAUUAUAAUUCGAUAAGUUCACCGUUGAAGAUUUUCUAAGGGAAAGAAACUCUUUUCUUCGCGGGUGGAGAAUAUUGCGCCGCGGUUUUUGCGGGACUUGGGCAUAUAUAUCCGUGAUUUGCGUGCGUUUCUCGUUACGCGAACUCAGCCAAGUUGAUUUAGAACGACGAGUUUAUUUCACGGUGGAAGAAACGUAAAACACGAACUUUCGAGCGCGUAAACUAGAUAUCCCGAAGACGAAGAAUCAUCCUUAUCGUUGGUCAUGUGAUUUUUCAUCGAUUGACAGCGAGAGAAUCCGUGCGAUUAAAAUCGAGGGCGCGAAAUGACGAUUUUAUGGGAAACAGAACGGAUUGAUGAAAUAUAUUUCCGAGUAAAAACUUGGCGGACGAAUCCUACAAAAUUACGGGACUCGCCUUCGAUUACGCAAAACAUAACACUCCGUAGUCAUUUCGUUUGAGAAAAAUAGAGCGAUUCGUUUCGCUUAACGCGCCGUGUGCUCGAUGGAACGACUUUGAACCGAGUUUGAGUUCUUCAGGAUUUACAAGUGCGAGAUCGCGAUGGCCGUCGCUUCGACGAAACGAAGCGAAGAAGAGAUUAGCGCGAUUUUCCUCUUGAUUAUGCGCGAUAGUGCGACGAAAGGAGCGUGCAAAAUUCGGCGUGAUUGCGACGGCGGUCCGACGAGGAUAUCGUGACAUUUUCACAGAGACUCUCUUCCCCGAGACUGGUACCGCGGUCGAAGACUCCGGAAGAACCUCGGGAAAGAAAAAAAAACGAACAGUCGUUGUUGUUAUAAUAGAGAACGUAGACAUGCUCUUGUUGGGAAACGGAUAGAGUUUGCCGUCGUGAAAGUGACCGAUCUGACGUUUUCCAAAAUCGAAAUCGGAGGCGCACUUCCGUAACACAUUUUGCCUCUCCGUGCUUUCUUUCUUGGUCGAUUAAUCGAAGUCGUAUAUCGCGGCGACUGGCGGGAACGCGAUAAAAAAGUCACUCGAAUGUGCGAAAAAUCCAAGUGCGGAAAGAUAGACUUGCGAUAACAUAUCCUCAUCUAAUUUCUAUAAUUCAAGUGGGACAGAUAAAACGCAACAGUGGUAAAAUUACGGAUCUCUUGCGCGUGUAUCAAGAAGAGGAGCAUGUCGGAAAGCUCGAGAUAUUUCCGAGAAAUGUAGGUCAAUUCCAGAUAAAGCGUUUUCGCUUAUCUAUAUGUUUUCGUUGAAAGACAAUUUUAUAUCAUUUUUGGGAUCAGACAUGCGCAGUCCGAAUGACUAACUUCUAAUAGAGAAUUUCGUCACUCACAAGUACAAAAAGAUUAAUAUAUUAACAAACGCAACAAACAUUUCUCAGUCUCAGUGAAUGAAUUUUCAAAGAGCGUAAAUAAGCGGAACUGUUGAUUGAAACAUAAAUUAUUUAAAUAUAUUUCACUCUUUUUUUUCUUUUAUUUUUUAUUUUUUUAUUUUUUUUAUUUUUUGAGAUUGGUGAAGUACACGAGCGAACGUGAGUAGAAUUCAGAUACAAAAAGGCCUUCGAAACCCUGAAGUAUCCCUAAGUAAUGUUGAAGAGGGAAACGUGAAGUACAAAACCGCUUGGUAGAUCUACAUCUUGCUCCAGGUAACGAGAUGACAAGAUAAUUCGGUGGAAGACGAACCGUAGUCGAAGUUUGUAUAAUCAGGAAUCUUAAAAUCGUACAUCCGAACUAUUAAACCAUUAAGACUUUUUUUCGCCGAAGAAAACCAAAGUACAAAAUGACGGGUUGCGAUAAAGGAAUGUGGACGAAAAUCGCGUUUUUAUCGUAAAUCUUUUCACGCGAUCAAGAUUAGAAGCGAUCGAGCGUGUUUUAGCUUGUGUUUCUCCGGUUUGAAGAAUACUAGUGAGAAUAAAAAUGUCCAGAUAUAAAUUUUCUUGGGUCAACGAGAAAAAUUAGAACUUUUGUAAAGAAAUAUUAUUCGUACAAUAAAAUUGAUAAAAUUUAAAACUGAUUAAGAUAACAGAAGAUACUUUAAAGUACAAAAGGUACUUAAUUUUGGCACAAUAAGACGACGUGAUACUUUAAGAGUAAUGACUGAUUAACUUGACAAUGGAUGCAAACGUGCACAAGUUAUUUCAUGAAGAAAUAUAAGAGCGAAUUAUCUCAAAGCAACAAGACGACGACGAGUUAUAACACAUCGGUAAUUUAAGAGACGAAACCCGAUAACGAUAUACAAGUGUGUGCAACGAUACGUCCGUGAAAGUACGAUAGUGUAUCGGCGAAUAAUCUCGGAACAACAAUAUGACGAGUUAGCUCUCGGGUGACUCAACGACUUUUUCAAGGAGUGUGUGAUACUUGUGUUGGAUUGAUUGAUCAACAAUCGAGGGGUUGACCGAGGGGAGACCCGAAAUACACAUAUACCGUCAAAAUAGAGUAUCCCGGUAGCAGCGGCAUGUACGGUGGCGGGUCGGCGGGAAGCGCGGGUUAUGGGGUUGGUCUAGGCCCGGGCCCAGGCCCCUCGCACUACGUGGCUCCCUCUGCCACGGUGGACUAUCAAUUGGGCCCGCCACCUCCGCCACCGCCACCUUCGACCGCCUGCCCCACCGCCGGAAGUCAGCUUCUGUCUUACGGGUCCGACUUAUCGCCCCAUCACAUCCAGCAGGCCCAUACGGAGACCCAGCAGUCGAAAAGACGGAGAUCCGACGAGGAUGAUCCGAGUGGUUGUAAAUAUAGGAGACUGGACGACGAUAACGUGCAGGACAAGGAGAGGUUUGCAAGCAGGGAGAACCAUUGCGAAAUCGAACGGCGGCGACGGAACAAGAUGACCGCCUACAUCACCGAGCUCUCCGAUAUGGUGCCGACCUGUUCAGCCCUGGCCCGGAAACCCGACAAGCUCACGAUCUUGAGGAUGGCGGUGGCGCACAUGAAAGCUCUCAGAGGGACCGGAAAUACCGCUACCGACAACGCCUACAAGCCUUCCUUUCUCACGGAUCAAGAGCUGAAGCAUUUGAUCCUCGAAGCGGCCGAUGGUUUCCUCUUCGUCGUGAGCUGCGACACAGGCAGGAUCAUCUACGUGUCCGACUCGGUCGCGCCCGUGUUGAACUACACCCAGAGCGAUUGGUACGGCACCAGCCUCUAUACGCAGGUUCAUCCGGACGACACCGAGAAGGUGCGGGAGCAGCUCAGCGCGGCGGAACCGCAACACGGCGGCCGAGUACUAGAUCUCAAAACAGGAACGGUGAAAAAGGAGGGCCAGUCUUCGAUGCGGCUAUGCAUGGGUUCGAGAAGAGGUUUCAUUUGCCGCAUGAAGGUCGGCAACCUGCAGACGACGGGCGACAUGGCUGCAGCGCACGGGCUGCACCGUAUGAAGCAGAGGAACUCCCUGGGUCCGCCGGCGCGGGACGGUCAAAAUUACGCGGUGGUGCAUUGCACCGGUUACAUCAAGAAUUGGCCACCCACCGGUGAUUUUGUUCCCCCAUGUGUACCAGGUGUGGGUCUAGGUGACAGAGGAGGCGUUCAGACUGGUCCAGACGGUGUAGUCACGGACGAGAAUGCCACCACGCAUUGCUGCCUUGUCGCCAUUGGGCGAUUACAGGUCACUAGCACACCAAAUAGUAGCGACUUAGCAGGUUCUAAUAGCAAUAACGAAUUUAUAUCACGUCACUCUGCGGAAGGUAAAUUUACCUUCGUGGACCAAAGAGUCGGUGGAAUUUUGGGUUACACUCCAUCAGAACUCUUAGGUCAUCCCUGCUACGAAUUCUUUCAUCCAGAAGAUAUGACACACAUGCGAGAAAGUUUUGAACAAGGUAGUGUGUUUUAUGGAAAAGUGUUGAAGCUGAAGGGGCAAGUCGUAACUGUCAUGUACAGAUUUCGAGCCAAGAAUCGCGACUGGGUGUGGUUAAGGACAUCGGCAUUUGCGUUUUUAAAUCCAUUCAACGAGGACGUCGAAUAUAUCGUUUGUACAAACACGCUUGCAAAAUCAUUUCCAAGUAACGACGGUCCAACGGAGAGCGAAGCUGUACCUGCAUAUGGACAACCUGGUCUAGAUUAUUCCCUGCAGAGACAUCCUGCUAGAGAUUCGCUGUAUUCCGCGCAUCAUAUGAUGCAGCAUCCAGCAACUGUAGCUACAGCCAGCCCACAACAACCGAGGCCGUCCAGCACGCAGAAUGUUUAUCAAAGCUAUGAGACGACACAAUCGCCAAUAGCUUAUGGAUCACCCGGACAGCAAAGCGCGUCCUCGUCGGUUCUAAGUAGGAUUCAGAAACCGACUAAUACAUCGCCAACUCCGCAAGCGUGGGCGAUUGGUAGACAGCAACCUGUGACAGAAGGCUAUCAGUACAGUCAAUUAAGUCCAUCGAGGUCACCGAGCGGGCCAACAUAUACGCAGCUCAGUAGCGGCGCUAGGACACCGGCUACGCAGCAAUAUCAUGCAGUCACAACAGUGCCUAAUAAUCCUGCAGGUAUGUGGGGUUGGCAAAAUCAACAGCAUCAGACGCCGCAGCCGGACGGACAAACUGGCGCUCAGGUGGCCGCGCAAGCGCAACCACCGCAUCCUGGACAGGCCGGACCUGGUACACAGCCGCAAGAACUGUCUGACAUGCUGCAGAUGUUACAGGAUCAGGGCGGCUCGUCCGGCUUCGAAGAGCUGAACAUGUUCAAUACCAACUUCGAGUAGCAACGAGAAAGGCGACACGCCUUUGAGAAGCAGCUUCUACUUUAGAGAAAUUAUUUCUCGGGACUUUCUCCGACCGGUCCUUUUCGGUAUCACUUUGGGGAUUCACUAAUCCUAUUUGGUAUCGCAUUUCGCACUCACACAUCAGCAUCCGGAAGAACUUUUACGGAGAAAGGAAAAACGCGAUUUAACAAUUUAGCACCGCAUAUUAUAGACUACGCAAAAAAAAACGAUCGCACUGGGAUUAGGACAGCCUAGUCUAUCGGGUUAUUUACAUAUAAUUCAUACGUAUAUAAACGAAAGGUUUGAUUCAUUAUCGUGGGUAUCAGACGCCACCGGUACGAUCGUACGCUCCGAUUGUUUGAAAAAUUCAAAUUGACGAGCAUGAUUUCGCAGCGAAAAUGCCAUUAAGACAUCAAGCGCGACUGUACCUUCAUGAUGACAAGCGAUUAUUGAUUAGGGCUCGAAAUGAAUUAUAAUAUGCACAGAUGUGUUACUCACGUUUGGUAUUUAGCACAAGGCAUUAAUAUGAAACGGCACGAAUAUAUCAUUUGAAAUCAAAAAUGCGCUGAAAAACUGAUAAAAAUAUAUCAGUAAUUAAUACAGAGUGCUUUCAACGCACUUAACGCUUUUAAGGCAUUGCGAUAUUAUAUUUUGAUGAAUUUGAAUGAUGAAAUAUAUUUAGAAUUAAAUUCUAUAAAUUCUCAUUUAUGUCCGUGAAAGCUAUUUAAUCAAAUAAAAUAGCUUGAAAAUAUCAAUAUUUAUAGCCUUGUUGCAAUUGUUUUAAAGAUAUGUAAAUAUCUUAUCUGUGCUUAUUAUACAAGCUACGUAAUUUUAAUUUACAUGACAAUUUUAAUUGGAAUAUCAUGCGAUUCGAUGAUAUUUAGCGAAGAAAAAAAAAAGAAAAAUGAAAAUAACGAAAAUGUACUCUAAACAAUAAGAAAAAGUAUUUUUAAAAACUUCUCAAUCAAAUCUAUACACAAAUCACGGUAAUUUUAAUACCUACCAGCUUAUCGUUAGAUUCAUAAGGUUAGCUUAAUUAUUUUAAUUUAGAUCUUUGUAAUUAUAAACAGUGCAAUCAUAAACCGACACGCGACAAAAAAUCGUUCAAGACAUUGACAAUGUACAAAAAAAUUGUGUAAUCCACCUUUGCUUCUCUGUGCAAGAUACCGUUUUUAGAUAUUCUUAAAUGAAAAAAAAAUAUAUAGAUAAUGUUACAUAUACGAAUAAUUGCAUUUAUAAGUAACCACGUGUGACUUAGCGCGUUUGUACGUGUUUUAGCAAAUUUUGAUGAGCACAUUGAAACGAAAUUACAGCAUAUCAUGAUGAAUUGGGAACAUUUUUCACUAAUAUAUGAAUUAUACAUAUAUGCAUGAUUUUUUUUGAUGAUCCUACAUCGUGGCGAGAGUAGUACCAUCACUUUUUGACAAUAACUAACGUAUUGGGCCUCCCUAAAUACAGGCAUCAAUGUUUAUACGUGAAUGUUAAGUACGGAUUCGUCUCUAUCACAGAGAGACUACUUUACAAAUCCCUUAUCCACUGUUAUAUAUUCCUUUGCACAAUAUCCACCCACAUAUUAUAGCUCCGCAAGAAAUCGCAAAAUAAUUAAUAUGAUUUAAAGAACGAAAGGUGUUAGAAAUACAUACAUAUAUCAUGCAAUAAAACUAUAAAAAAUA